CGGGUCAUGAGCCCAUCCGGAUAGUUGACAGAGGAGAACAACAGUCCACGAUCCUUUCGGCUUCGUUCCUCCAUCCAGUCCGAGCUCGCUGUCUGAGCUUUGUGUCGGAGCGGGAUGGAGGAAGACACGCCCUCGUCUCCCGCUCCUUUGGCCUCGGACAUUCAUCCGGUGACCGGAGGGUCCAGCCCCCACCCUUUGAAGAUGAAUCUGUCCGAGAAACGGGCCCAGAUCCUGCGUAGUUUGCAGGACGAUCUGUGGGCGUGUGACCUUCAACUGAGCUUGUUUAUCAGUGCGGCCGCCCAUUAUCGACACGAUUCUGUGCUUCGGCCCUACCCCGCCCAUUACUGUCGGCCACACGAGAAGAGCAAAGACAUCAAAGCCUUGCGCCGUGAUUUAGCCACCAUCCCUAACUUGAUACAUUUGCGCCAAUUGUUGGCUUCAAAUACGAGCAUUCCGAGGCCCACUAUUCAUCUGAUCUAUUGGAUCUUACUUGAGAACCCGUUGGAUCUGAGGCUGCAAUUGGUUCCAAAGUCCGAAUACGAUGACAUUCUGGCCUGGCCCGGACUCAAUGAAAAGACCAAGACCACCGGCCUCCAACCCAAAAAAGCCCCCAAACCCACCCACAUUUUCCAGGUGAAGAACUCGAAGAGUGUCCGCUGGAGUCGGACUUCGGAUACUAAGACCAUGUUUGCCUUUCACGGUUCCAAAGUGGAAAACUUUCAUUCCAUCCUCAGUCACGGAUUGCAGCAGCAUCUGACCAAAAACGCCCUUUUUGGCCAAGGAAUUUACCUCUCGACGGAUUUGAGCAUGUGCAUGAACUACAGUCAGAUCGGCCAAGGUUGGAGCCAGAGUUCAAUUUGCCAACAGUUCAGUUGUGUUCUCAUGUGCGAGGUGCAGGAUCAUCCUGAAGUCAAAAUCCACACCAAAGAUCCAUCCAGAGGUCAGUUGAAGGACUCCCAGGCUGGCAAGGUGCCAGAAAAAUACCUAAUAGUGAGAAAUAACGAGGUGAUUCAGAAUCGAUACCUUCUGGUUUAUGCGGAUCCACCUCAAAGAACCCGAUCUCUUCAAAGGAUGGAUAUGUCCUGGAUCCGGAAUAAUUGGAUUUUGAUCCUGGUUCUCUGUUAUGGCGUGUUGUUGUUGGCUAUUGCCGUGAAGAACUCCAAUUCGUUUCGUCGCUGGCUGCGGAUUAAUGGCCUCAUUUCUGAUUGACCUACUUGCAGCGAGAAUGAUUACUCGAGAACCGUGAUAUGUUUUGACCCUUCGCUAAUACAUGCAAAUCAGUUUUUGCCUAUACAUGCCA